AGUGUUUAAUAUCUCAUGCAGGGCUCCUCCUACAGAUGUUCUGAACAGCUGUGCAUCAUAGCAAUUCAUUACUAUACCCAGAUCUUGAAAACUAAGGAACAGACACUUUGGGACAAUUAUUUUGCUUGUGAUAUUGAAACUACAAUGAAGUAUUAUUGCUUUGCACUCCUUUUGACUGUGCUCAGUACUGACUUGCUAAGAAGUCUCUGUACUACUGUCAAAUCCCCAAGGUUCAGAGGACGUGUGCAGCAGGAGCGAAAAAAUAUCAGACCCAACAUUAUUCUCGUACUAACAGAUGACCAAGAUGUGGAGCUUGGGUCCUUGCAGGUGAUGAAUAAGACUAGAAGGAUCAUGGAGAAUGGAGGUGCUACCUUCAUCAAUGCCUUUGUAACCACCCCAAUGUGCUGCCCAUCUCGGUCCUCCAUGCUGACAGGGAAAUACGUUCACAACCACAACAUAUACACCAACAAUGAAAACUGCUCUUCUCCUUCCUGGCAGGCAACACAUGAACCACGUACCUUUGCAGUGUAUCUCAACAACACUGGCUAUCGGACAGUAUUAAGGCCCAGUUGUGGAGAAGCAGUUAUGAGGGAAGAUAUUUGGGCCACUGUGGAAACUGGUACCAAAGACCUCCCAGGAGUGAAGAUGCGUAUGGUGGGAGUGAAACAAGAUGAAGAUGAGAAUUUAAACUUUAAUAUGGGGUAA